UUUAAUUUCAUUUCAACUUCAUCAUUUGUGAUUGUAUGGUGUGCAAUUGUGCAUGUUACAAGAACGUCAUAUUUGAUUUAAAAUGUUCAAAGCGAAAUAUUUUUGUGACGGAUGUUCAUUGAGAAGUGGUGUGGUGGCCGUCGUGGUGAUGUUUCUUUCGAUCUUUUGUAUGCAAUUCGGCAAAGUCACGGCAAAUGACGGAAACUUUGUGGUUUCUAUUGAUGCAGGAUUUACAUGUAUAGAUGGCACUGUUAUACGCGCACGUCAAAGAUGCGAUGCAAAAAUGGACUGUCGUCAAUGGGAAGAUGAAUUUGAUUGUCCUAACAAUGUUAUUAUUCAAAGUUAUUUCUGGAUUGAUCAGUAUUAUUCUUACGAUUUCAACGAUCAUUCUAGUGCAUUGUACAAAGAAUUCGAGCAUAAUAUUACCUCCAGCCUUAAAGAUUAUAUUACCACAUACUACGAAACUGGCAUACAUACGAAAAAAAUGUCAAUACGUCUGGUGGCUGUUACAAGUUCAAAAUCUAUAAAUGUUUCAAGUGCUGUCGUUGAUUUCGAACUCUUCUUCGACGUGAAAAAAUUCACUGAGGUUAAACGUGAGUUUUCGAUGUACAGAUUUGCUGCUAUUUGGAGUAAUUUACAUUCUGGUAAAAGAUUUGGCUCGUUGCAGGCUGCGUCUGUACCACGAACUUAUUUUGAACCUGAUGAUAUCGCCCAAUGUUCGUCUACUACGGAAAUUCCCUGCAUGGAUUCGCGAAUCUGUUUUCCGUCGUCAGGCAGAUGCGAUAAGGUUAUCACGUGUCCGAAAGAAGAUUGGGAUGAAUUUGAUUGCCCUCCUCUAGAUCGAUGCCCUGGACAGAGUCCUAAUGAUAAAUAUUCUUGUCCUAAUUCUGGCGGAAUAAUGAUAUGUAACUCUAGAAAAUGUGACGGAAGAAAGGAUUGUCCAGGUGGCGAAGACGAACCACCAAGUUGCAAAGAUAAACCAAUUCGAAAUCCGUAAAUUCCUGCAAAAAUGGAUGGAAGAAUGGAGUUUUGCGCCAUUUUUUUUUCAAGUUUCAAUCUGAUUUUUAUUUUUUUAAAUUUAAGGUUAUUACAGAUUUGUAUUUCAUGUUUCGAUUAGAAGACUCUCUUUUCACAAGUCAGAAAAAUAUUGAAAACAAGAGCCGACAAAUGUUUGCUAUAAAAAUUUCCAAAAGAAGCUGCAAGUAAAAAUUCGAAUGCUUUUGAAAAGUAUAUGGAAUAUGAGUACCUUGUAUGGGUGGAACAUUUAUUCAUGUGUGCCCCUUGAUUUUAUAUCAGAAGAAAAAAAAAUUCACGAAUUCUUUCAACUGGAGUGAGGCUACCUUUGCUUGCUUUAUUUCAAAUCAUUUUCAACUUGAUAGGUAUUUUUAUUGUUAAAAAGAAUGUAUUGUUCAUUAUCAAUUGAUUUAUUAUUAUCUACUUAUUUUAUAAUUUUCUUAUUAAAUCAUUAUUAUUUUGCAUUGAA